GUGAGGGAGUCCCCACUUUCAAAUUCAAAAGGGUCCCUCCCUGCAAAUGACGCCUUCAAUUUCCUCCUUUUAUAUCUUCCUUUACUGCCUUCCUUUUUUUUUUAUCAAAUGUAUGGCGACUCUUGAAGAUAUCUCUUCCCUGGAAUUCAUUCGUCAAUUUCUUCUUGGAGACUUUAUCUCCAUAGAGGAACCCAAUUUCAGUUUUUCUUGUACUUCUUUUCUUCAACCUGAAUAUCCAAUACCCAAAUCCGAACCUCAAUCUCCAACUGUUUCACUUUCACCAAUAAAGCCUGAAAUACUGGAGUUGGAGUCUUCAAAGCAACUGAAUUUGGAUUCAACUGAUUCAUACAGUCCAAAAAUGGCAGACACUGAAGAGAAGCAGCACUACAGGGGGGUCCGAAGAAGGCCAUGGGGGAAGUAUGCGGCGGAGAUCCGGGAUCCGGCUCGAAAGGGAGCCCGGGUAUGGUUAGGAACUUUUGAUACUGAUGUUGAUGCUGCAAAAGCUUAUGAUUGUGCUGCUUUCAAAAUGAGAGGUCGCAAAGCGAUCUUGAAUUUUCCAUUGCAGGCUGGAGUGGGUGGCCCACCGGCAACAACUAAUUGCAAGAAAAGGAAAAGAGAAAAGGAAAUGGAGUUGCAGGAUUCUCAAGUCAUAUCCAUGGAAAGAGAAGGAUUAGCUUGGAAGGCAGAGAAUCAGGAGAGGUCAUUCUCAAGAAUAAAACAAAGUAUAUAGUAAAAUAAACCCACCAACCAUAUCAAAAAUAAUUUUCGUUAGUAUUUGCAGAGUUGAAGUGUCAGUGAGUAUAUGUAUUUUUUUUUUAAAAUAUCACAAAAUACCUGGUUAUUUUUAAAAUGAACAUAUCCUUGCCCAUCUUACAUCAAACUAACGAAAUACUUGAGCAUAGGCAAAGGAUGAAAUUCCAAAGAAAGAAGGGAAAAAGUCCAGUAUUGAGUAGUGGUAUGACUUCUUUUGGUUUAUGUAAAAAGUGUGAGUGCUGUAUAAGAAGGUAACUUAUAAUUUGGCUGUAGAAGAUUGUACAGAGGUAGACUUGAAGUUGCAGUAAGAAUUAUGGCACAAUAAAUGUUGAAUCUAGACUUGUGAAUCGUGAUUGGUUGA